AGCAGCACACACCAGAGCUGAGGUCCAGGGCUACAGUGAAGAUGGAUAACCAGAAUGUAAAGAGCGGUAUCCACACUGCACCCCCCUCACACACAGCAAAGGAGGACAAAGCUACCGUGCUGCAGAAAGAGGUGGGUCUGCUCAGUGCUGUGUCCAUGAUCGUGGGGACAAUGAUCGGUUCUGGGAUCUUCAUCUCUCCCAAAGCCGUGCUGCAGGGCACUGGAACGGUGGGACUGAGCCUGGGUGUCUGGGCUGCAUGCGGAAUACUGGCUACACUCGGGGCUCUGUGCUACGCUGAGCUUGGUACUAUGAUAGCCAAGUCAGGUGGUGAGUACCCCUACCUCAUGGAGGCGUUUGGGCCAGUUUUGGGUUUCCUGUACUGCUGGACGAACAUCAUUGUUCUGAGGCCAUCAUCCUUCGCCAUAAUUGCCCUCAGCUGCGCCGAAUACGUGGCCACACCUUUUUACCCAGGAUGCUCUCCUCCUCACCUCGUCAUCAAGAGCCUCGCCGCAGCCUUCAUAAUGCUAAUCUCCCUGGUGAACUCUCUGAGUGUGCGGUUGGCCAACUACGUCCAGAACUUCUUCACAGCCGCCAAACUCUUCAUCAUCUUCAUCAUCGUAGUGUCCGGAAUCAUCUUCCUGGCUCAAGGGAACACUCAGAAUCUAAGUAAGGGGAUUGAGGGGGCGACAACAUCGUUUGGAAACAUCGGACUGGCCUUCUACAACGGCCUGUGGGCCUACGAUGGCUGGAAUCAACUGAACUUCAUCACGGAGGAGCUGAAGAAUCCUUACAGGAACCUGCCUCUGUCUAUCCUAAUAGGUAUUCCGCUGGUGUCGGUGUGUUAUGUGAUGGUUAAUGUCGCCUACUUUACCGUCAUGACGCCUGCUGAACUCCUACAGUCAUCUGCUGUCGCCGUGACGUUUGCUGACCGUGUGCUGUACCCCAUGUCGUGGGUGGUGCCCCUCUUCGUGGUCUUCUCCACCAUCGGGGCAGCCAAUGGGGUCUGCUUCGCUUCAGGCAGGUUGACGUAUGUGGCAGGGCGAGAGGGUCACCUGAUAAAGUUUAUGUCCUACAUCAGCCUGAAAUACUACACACCAGCUCCAGCGCUCAUCUUCAAUGGUUUCCUGGCUAUAAUCUACAUUAUUCCUGCGGACAUCAAUACUCUGAUCAACUACUUCAGUUUUGCCCAGUGGGGAAUAUACGGCCUCACAGCCCUCGCCCUCAUAGUGAUGAGAUACACCAGGAGAGACCUGCACAGACCAGUCAAGGUGCCUGUGGUGGUUGCAGGGCUGGUGGUGUGCGUGUCUUGUUAUCUGGUGUUGGCCCCCAUCGUUGAGCAGCCGACCUUGGAGUAUAUUUACUGUACAGCUUUCAUUCUCAGCGGCCUGAUCAUAUACCUGCUGUUCAUACACCACACACACACCUGGAGUCACCGCGUUAUGGGACCAAUCACCACACAACUACAACUGCUGAUGCAGGUGGUGCCCCCUGAGAAGAUGGACUGAAGACAACGCACGUACGCGCGCACACGCGCACGC